CUCCGUCCUUAAUUUCGCAUUCCUAGGACAGCACAGUACUGCUAUCUGGCGUCCCUCUUCGGAGUCACUGGCCAUGGCUAUCCUGGCCCUCCCCUUAGUCGUCUCCGUUCUCAAGCCCCACCCUUCUCACCUCAUGGUGCUCCGGGCAGGCAAAGUCGCGGCCAACGGGUUAUGCUUGCCGCUCUCCCGCCGUCAAUUCACCAGUGCCAAUGUCUCUGCCGCUGGCGCUGCUUCGAUUUCACGGCAUUCUUCUACUGAGUUAAAGAGCCAGACUGAGAAAGGUUCUGUGCUUACUUUUCAGCAAGCCAUUCAGCGCCUUCAGGAAUAUUGGGCUUCUGUGGGAUGUGCCAUAAUGCAAUGCAGCAACACAGAGGUUGGAGCUGGGACUAUGAAUCCACUUACAUACUUAAGGGUUCUUGGUCCAGAGCCAUGGAAUGUUGCGUACGCUGAACCUAGUAUCCGCCCUGAUGAUAGUCGGUACGGGGAAAACCCAAACAGGCUUCAAAGACACACUCAAUUUCAGGUAAUUCUGAAGCCUGAUCCUGGAAAUUCUCAGGAUCUUUUUAUUCACAGCCUAUCAGCUAUAGGUAUUGAUGUCAGUUCACAUGACAUACGAUUUGUGGAGGACAACUGGGAGAGUCCGGUUCUUGGUGCAUGGGGUUUGGGCUGGGAAAUUUGGAUGGAUGGGAUGGAGAUUACUCAAUUCACGUACUUCCAGCAGGCUGGAAGUCUCCAGCUGUCACCUAUUUCUGUUGAAAUCACUUAUGGUCUUGAACGUAUCCUCAUGUUACUUCAGGGGGUUGAUCACUUCAAGAAAAUUAAAUAUUCUGAUGCGAUUACAUAUGGAGAAUUGUUCUUGGAGAGCGAGAAGGAAAUGAGUGCAUAUUAUUUGGAGCAUGCCAGUGUUGAUCAUGUGCAGAAACAUUUUGAUUUCUUUGAGGAGGAAGCACGCUCUUUACUUGCUUUAGGCCUUCCAAUCCCUGCGUAUGAUCAGCUUCUGAAAACGUCUCAUGCGUUUAACAUCUUGGACUCAAGAGGCUUUGUUGGGGUAACGGAGCGUGCUCGGUACUUUGGUCGUAUGCGUAGUUUAGCUCGUCAAUGUGCACAACUUUGGUUGAAGACUAGGGAGUCACUGGGCUACCCACUUGGUUUCAUCUCUGAACCUGAAAAUUUAUCACUGCCAAAAGAAGUUUUGGUGGCUGCAGUUGAUAAGGUGCAUGAUCAAUCAAGAGCAUUUGUUAUUGAAAUUGGAACUGAAGAGAUGCCACCUCAAGAUGUUGUUGAUGCAAGCAAGCAACUAAAGGAUUUGAUGUUGCAAUUGCUUGAGAAGCAAAGGUUGGACCAUGGCGAAGUGCAAGCGUUUGGUACCCCACGAAGAUUAGUG